AUGGCGCAGCCCGGGAAGCACCGCGGGCCUCCCGCGCGCGGCCUCCCGUGCGGCGCCUCGGCCGCGCCAGGCUCGCCUCAGGACCCCGCUCGUCACGCUUUGAAGUAUGCAAGCCGUGACUAUGCAUCACAACAAACCUUAAAUGAAGUGGUGAUAGCAAGUGCUGUGAGGACACCAAUUGGAUCUUUCCAAGGAUCUCUUUCAUCACUGCCAGCCACUAAGCUUGGUUCCAUUGCAAUUAAAGGAGCAAUCGAUAGAGCAGGUGUCCCGGCGCAGGAGGUCAAGGAGGUUUACAUGGGCAACGUGCUGCAGGCGGGACAGGGGCAGGCGCCCGCCCGACAAGCGCUCCUGGGUGCAGGUCUGCCGAUCUCUACUCCUGCUACUACUGUGAACAAAGUCUGUGCUUCUGGAAUGAAAUCCAUCAUGCUGGCAGCACAAAGUCUAAUGUGUGGCUCUCAGGAUGUAAUGGUUGCUGGUGGAAUGGAGAGCAUGUCCAAUGUACCCUAUAUGAUGAACAGAGGAACAACACCUUAUGGGGGACUAAAACUGGAGGAUCUGAUAGUAAAAGAUGGGCUUACGGAUGUUUAUAACCAUAUCCAUAUGGGUAACUGUGCUGAGAACACUGCCAAGCAGCUGAGCAUCUCGCGGGAGGAGCAGGACACCUACGCCAUCGGCUCCUACACCAGGAGCAGGACAGCCUGGGAGUCCGGAGCGCUCGCAAGUGAAAUCGUUCCUGUCACUGUUUCACAGAAAGGAAAGCCAGAUACAGAAGUGAAGGAAGAUGAAGAAUACAAACGUGUUGAUUUUAGUAAAGUCCCAAAGCUCAAGACUGUUUUCCAGAAAGAAAAUGGAACGGUCACGGCCGCCAACGCCAGCACCCUGAACGACGGGGCAGCUGCUGUGCUCCUCAUGACCACAGAGGCUGCCAAGAGGCUCCAGGUUAAACCACUGGCACGAAUAGUAGCUUUUGCAGAUGCUGCUGUGGCCCCUAUUGACUUCCCAAUCGCACCGGCUUAUGCUGUUCCCAAGAUCCUAAGUGCAACAGGACUUAAAAAAGAGGAUAUUGCCAUGUGGGAAAUCAACGAGGCAUUCAGUGUGGUGGUGCUGGCCAACAUGAAGAUGCUGGGUGUUGAUCCACAAAAAGUGAACAUUCAUGGUGGUGCUGUCUCUCUUGGACAUCCUAUAGGGUAUCGUUUCCCUGUGCCUACGCUCCGCUUGGUUCCCUGCAGCAUGUCCGGCGCCAGGAUCGUUGUGCACAUGGUGCACGCGCUGAAGCAGGGCCAGUUGGGCCUGGCAGGAAUCUGCAACGGGGGCGGAGGAGCCUCUGCCAUCCUCAUCCAGAAGCUCUAA